AUGGAGAAGGUGAUGAAGUUAGCCUCGCAACGGGCGGUGGUCAUCUUCAGCGUCAGCUCAUGCUGGAUGUGCUACCGCGUGAAGAGCCUGUUCCAUGAGCUCGGGGUCAAUGCCGCCAUCCACGAGCUGGACGAGGAGCCGAGGGGGGUGGAGAUGGAGAAGGCACUCGUCAGGCUAUUGGGCCACAGGCCGGUGGUGCCGGCCAUAUUCAUCGGCGGUAGGCUGGUGGGUUCCAUAGAUAGGAUCAUGUCACUCCACCUCAGUGGUAAGCUGAUGCCGCUUCUUCGGGAUGCAGGUGGUGGUAAGCUGAUGCCGCUUCUUCGGGAUGUAGGUGGUAUGUGGCUCUAA